AACAUCAAACAGAAUCAACUGAGGACAAGCCAAAUAUGGAACACAAAAACAUACCAGUAGACUCACUUGCAAAAAAAAGCAUAGAAAUAAAAGCAGAAUCACAAUUCCAAAAAUGGGAAGAACUACAGUCCUAG